CUGCUGCUCCGCAUUUCCCAAAACACACAUUCUCCUCCUUGCCUCUCUGUCACCGCUCUCCAUCUACCGUCCUCACUCCCCCUCCGCCCCUUAAUGAGACGCGCCGCCUCCGCGGCGGCUCCGCCGAGACCGUCACCGUCUCCCCGCCUCUCUGUCCAAGCAUAGACUAAAGAAGUAGUAGCAGUAGUAGUAGUAGUAGUAGUCUAGUACACCCUCGAGCAAAAGAUUUAUACAAAUCGUUCAAGGGUUGAACUCAAGCAUGGCGGGGAAGAGGAAAUCCAGCGAGAUUGAUAAUGGCGAGAGGGUGACGACAUUGACCUCACCAAAAACAGAGACUAAGCAAAGCAACUAUUGUUUGAUGUCAAAGUUUACGUGGAAGAUUGAACACUUCUCGCGUUUGGAUGCUGAAAAGCCUUACUCAAGGACGUAUGAUGUUAAUGAGUACAAAUGGAGGUUGCUCCUUUAUUCAAAAGGAAACGAUGGAGGUCAUUUGUCUCUGUACCUUGGUGUGGCUGACCCGUCAACUUUACCCAUUGAUUGGCGCAUACCUACAAAGUUCAGUCUUGCUCUUGUUAACCAGAUAGAUCCCAAGAAAACCAUCAAGAAAGAGACAAAACACACAUUCAAUGUUCACGAGAGUGAUUGGGGCUUCAAUUUGUUCGUCCCACUUCGUGAGUUUCAUGAUAAAGUCGGAGGCUUUCUUGUUAAUGAUAUGUGCUUGAUUGAAGCUGAGGUCUAUGUGCCUGAUCCUUCUCCAUGUGUGGCUAAUACUUCCCCUGCUCCCCCAGAUCAGGUUAUGGAUUCUUCUGUUGGUCUAGAUCCAGUAGAAUCUGUGUAUGCCAGGGUUCAGUCUGUUCUCAAAUCACUACCCAAGAAACCAUCAUCCAGCUUAGUAGUAUCUGAUGCUAUAUGUUCACCUGAACUUCCUUCGAGUAAAGACCGUGCAGCUUGUGCAAAAGAAAUCUUUGACAAAUUGAUAUCAUACCCUUUAGACGAUUUGGCUGAUCCCAAGCAUGAGACUGCAAUGUCAGAGGCCCUCUCCAUACUGAACAAUAAUCUUUCAUUGUUCAGCAAUGGAGAGGCCAAAGAAAUCAUGGCUCUGAAAGCCACAUUUCCUCAGAUGAUGCUGGAAUGGAGAGAGUCUGUUAAAGUGAAGGGUGGGAGUGAUCAUCUCUGGACUGCUUUUGAGAAGACGAAAAGUUUGCUGGAGGAUCUUCUGAAGACUGAGGAUGGGAUAAGAGCUAAACUGGAGGACCUGAGUAAGAAAGAAAUGGACUUGAAAGCUCAGAUGGAGGCUAUUGAAUGCGACCGGCGACACCUGAGGGAGGAAAGAGGGGAAGUGUCAAAGCUGACUAGGAAGGUGUGUUCUCUCGCCGAGGAGCAGGGCAGGAAAGUUGAAGGAAAAGAGGCCGAGGUGGAGACCGCGAAGAAAAAAAUGGAGGAUUUGAAGUCACAGUGGGAUGCAACGAAACGCCGUCUGUCUUUGAGAAAGAAUGUGGGAUCUGCCCAGUAGUAGCAAGUAGUGGCUAGGUAACAUGAUGUGUGGUUUUGGACCAUGUUUUGUUGUUAGAACUUAGAAGGGUAAUUUUUAAAGGUCAUUGUGUGUCUUUUGUUGUGGGUCUCCCCCAAAAACAGAUUGGAGAAAGCCAUGUCUGUCUGCACCUGUGUGUAUAUAUGUUGUGGGUGCAUUAGGGUAAUUGGAAGUGGAAAUGUGAAGGAUGCUGCUCUUAGGGCUCAUUUGCUUUGCGUUUUUCUUUUGGUUGAUUGUGAUUCUUAGAAUCAAGCAAUCAGUUACUC